UAUACAGGGAGCAGGGACACUAUACAUGGGGCAGCAGGACAGUAUGCAGAGAAUACGGGGGGCAGGGACACUAUACGGGGAGCAGGGACACUAUACAGGGGGCUGCAGGACAGUAUGCAGAGAAUACAGGGGGCAGGGACAGUAUACAGUUAGCAGCAGGACAGUACACAGGAGACAGGGACAGGCUAUAGAUUGUACAGGGGGCUGCAGGACAGUAUGCAGAGAAUACAGGGGGCAGGGACAAUACUGUAUACAGCUAGCAGCAGGACAGUAUAUAGGAGGCAGGGACAGUCUACAGAUUAGACGGGGCAGGGACAGUAUACAGGGGGCAGCACACAGACUAUACAGGUAGCCGCAGGACAGUAUGGACAGUAUACAGGUAGCAGCAGGACAGUAUACAGGGGCAGCCUACAGACUAUACAGGUAGCCACAGGACAGUAUGCAGAGUAUACAGGUAGCAGCAGGACAGUCUCCAGAGUAUACAGCGGGCAGCAGGACAGUAUACAGGGGGCAGCACAAAGACUAUACAGGUAGCCACAGGACAGUAUGCACAGUAUACAGAUAGCAGCAGGACAGUCUCCAGAGUAUACAGCGGGCAGCAGGACAGUAUACAGGGGACAGCACACAGACUAUACAGGUAGCCGCAGGACAGUAUGCACAGUAUACAGGUAGCAGCAGGACAGUAUACAUUUAGCAGCAGGACAGUCUACAGAGUAUACAGUGGGCAGGGACACUAUACAGUGGGCAGCACACAGACUGUACAGGUAGCCGCAGGACAAUAUGCAGAGUAUAUAGGGGCAGAGACAGUAUACAGGUAGUAGCAGGACAGUCUCCAGAGUAUACAGCGGGCAUCAGGACAGUAUACGGGAAGCAGGGAAAGUAUACAGCGGGCAGCAGGACAGUGUAUGGGAGGCAGGGACAAUAUACAGGUAGCAGCAGGACAGUCUCCAGAGUAUACAGGGGGCAGCACAAAGACUAUACAGGUAGCCGCAGGACAGUAUGAACAGUAUACAGGUAGCUGCAGGACAUUAUACAGGAAGCAGGGACACUAUACAAGUGGCAGCAGGACAGCAUACAGAGUAUACAGGCAGCAGGGACACGAUACAGGUGGCAGUAUACAGGACACAAUACAGGCGGCAGGGACAUUAUACAGGCGGCAGCAGGACAAUAUACAUAGUAUACCGCCCACAGGGACACAGUACAGGCGGCAGGGACUCUAUACAGGUGGCAGCAGGACUGUAUGCAGGCAGCAGGACUGUAUACAGACGGCAGGGACACUUUACAGGCAGCAGGACUGUAUACAGAAUAUACAGGCAGGAUGGAUACUGUACAGACAGCAGGACUGUAUACAGGCAACAAGGUCACUAUACAGGGGGCAGGAAAACUACAGCAGGGUGACUAUACAGGCGGGACACUAAACACGCAACAGGGACACUUCAGUAGGCACACUAUACAAGCGACAGUAUACAGGUGUCAGGGACUCUACACUAUACAGAUGGCACACUAUAGCAGAGACACUGUACAGGCGGCAGAUACUCUAUAUGCGGCGCACUAUAUAGUAGGGACACUAUACAGGCAGCAGGUACUCAUACAGACACUCUAUAUAGUAGGGACAAUAUACAGGCAGCAGGUACUCAUACAGACACACUAUACCGCAGGGACACUAUACAGGCAGCAGGUACUCAUACAGACACCCUAUACAGCAGGGACACUAUACAGGCAGCAGGUACUCAUACAGACACACUAUAUAGUAGGGACACUAUACAGGCAGCAGGUACUCAUACAGACGCACUAUACAGCAGGGACACUAUACAGGCAGCAGGUACUCAUACAGACACUCUAUAUAGUAGGGACACUAUACAGGCAGCAGGUACUCAUACAGACACUCUAUAUAGUAGGGACACAAUACAGGCAGCAGGUACUCAUACAGACACACUAUACAGCAGGGACACUAUACUGGCAGCAGGUACUCAUACAGACACACUAUACAGCAGGCAUACUAUACAGGCAGCAGGUACUAAUACAGAAACACUGUACAGCAGGUAUACUAUACAGGCAGCAGGUACUCAUACAGACACACUAUACAGUAGGGACACUAUACAGGCAGCAUGUACUCUAUACAGACACACUGUACAGCAGGGACACUAUACAGGCAGCAGGUACUCAUACAGACACACUAUACAGCAGGGACACUAUACUGGCAGCAGGUACUCAUACAGACACACUAUACAGCAGGGAUACUAUACAGGCAGCAGGUACUAAUACAGAAACUGUACAGCAGGUAUACUAUACAGGCAGCAGGUACUCAUACAGACACACUAUACAGUAGGGACACUAUACAGGCAGCAUGUACUCUAUACAGACACACUGUACAGCAGGGACACUAUACAGGCAGCAGCAGGUACUCUAUACAGACAGCGCACUGUACAGUAGGGACACUAUACAGGCAGCAUGUACUCUAUACAGACACACUGUACAGCAGGGACACUAUACAGGCAGCAGCAGGUACUCUAUACAGACAGCGCACUGUACAGCAGGGACACU